CACCUUCUGUGGAUGAGACUAAAAUUGACAUCCCUUUUAAAACAGCCAGACCCCAACUAAACGAGGUUCUUAACCCAAGUGAUAUCUUUUCAUGCCCUAGUUUCUCUGUUGUGGCAGAAUAUUGUUAUCUGAUUUUUCUCAAAGUAUCGAAUAUGCAGGCAAGUGAUAGGUUCAACAUCAAUUCCCAGCUUGAGCAUCUUCAAGCCAAGUAUGUUGGGACAGGCCACGCUGAUUUGAACAGAUUUGAAUGGGCAGUGAACAUCCAGCGUGAUAGUUAUGCAUCUUAUGUAGGUCAUUACCCCAUUUUGUCUUAUUUCGCUAUUGCGGAGAAUGAAUCAAUUGGAAGAGAGCGUUACAACUUUAUGCAGAAAAUGCUGCUGCCCUGCGGUCUGCCACCAGAACGAGAAGAAGAUUAAGAAGUCUCUUUACUGGUGCCGACAUUAAAAAAAAUCAGCUUAGCCCAUCCUUACCACUGCAUAUGUUUGUAGACUAUUUCAUUGACUAUGUUUGUUGACUGGAUCUAUUUUAUCUUCAAGGUGUUGUGUAUUCUGAAUGUUUUUUGUGUUCUAUGCAUGGGGCAUUACAUGUGAAAUUUUAUUUUGACGAUUCGAGACUAGGUUAUUACUUA